CCCCUUUGACCCCUCGCUCGCGUGCUACACAUCCGGGCCUCUGCUACUAGUGAGGGGAAGAUGGCGGCCGCAACUGUGGUGGUUCCCGUAGAGUGGAUAAAGAACUGGGAGAAAUCAGGGAGAGGCGAAUUUUUGCAUUUAUGCCGGAUCCUCAGUGAAAAUAAAAGCCAUGAUAGUUCAACUUAUAGAGAUUUCCAGCAGGCUCUUUAUGAGUUAUCAUACCAUGUCAUUAAAGGAAAUCUAAAGCAUGAACAGGCAUCUAAUGUUCUUAAUGACAUUAGCGAAUUUCGUGAGGAUAUGCCCUCCAUUCUUGCUGAUGUAUUCUGCAUAUUAGAUAUUGAGACAAAUUGUUUAGAAGAAAAAAGCAAGAGAGACUAUUUUACACAAUUGGUAUUAGCAUGUUUGUAUUUAGUUUCAGACACAGUUCUAAAGGAACGCUUGGAUCCAGAAACAUUGGAAUCAUUAGGGCUUAUCAAACAAUCACAGCAGUUCAAUCAAAAGUCAGUUAAAAUCAAGACAAAACUCUUUUAUAAGCAGCAAAAAUUCAAUUUGUUAAGAGAAGAGAAUGAAGGUUAUGCCAAGCUGAUUGCUGAAUUGGGGCAAGAUUUAUCUGGAAAUAUUACUAGUGAUUUAAUCUUAGAAAAUAUAAAAUCUUUAAUAGGAUGCUUUAAUCUGGAUCCCAAUAGAGUUUUGGAUGUCAUUUUAGAAGUGUUUGAAUGCAGGCCAGAACAUGAUGACUUCUUUAUAUCUUUAUUAGAAUCUUACAUGAGUAUGUGUGAACCGCAAACACUGUGUCAUAUUCUUGGGUUCAAAUUCAAGUUUUACCAGGAACCAAAUGGAGAGACUCCUUCAUCUUUAUACAGAGUUGCAGCAGUACUUCUACAGUUUAAUCUUAUUGAUUUAGAUGAUCUUUAUGUACAUCUUCUUCCAGCUGAUAAUUGCAUUAUGGAUGAACACAAACGAGAAAUUGUGGAAGCUAAGCAAAUUGUUAGAAAACUUACGAUGGUUGUAUUGUCUUCUGAAAAAAUUGAUGAGCGAGAGAAAGAAAAGGAAAAAGAAGAGGAGAAAGUAGAGAAGCCACCUGACAACCAAAAACUUGGUUUGUUGGAAGCCUUGUUAAAGAUUGGUGAUUGGCAGCAUGCGCAGAACAUUAUGGAUCAGAUGCCUCCAUACUAUGCAGCUUCACAUAAGCUAAUAGCCCUUGCAAUUUGCAAGCUCAUUCACAUAACUAUUGAGCCUCUCUACCGAAGAGUUGGCGUUCCUAAAGGUGCUAAAGGUUCACCUGUUAAUGCUUUGCAAAAUAAGAGGGCACCAAAACAAGCAGAGAGCUUUGAAGAUUUGAGGAGAGAUGUCUUCAAUAUGUUCUGUUACCUUGGUCCUCACCUUUCGCAUGAUCCCAUUUUAUUUGCAAAAGUGGUGCGCAUAGGCAAAUCAUUUAUGAAAGAGUUUCAGUCUGAUGGAAGCAAACAAGAAGAUAAAGAGAAAACGGAAGUUAUCCUUAGCUGUUUACUUAGCAUUACUGACCAGGUACUUCUUCCAUCUCUUUCUUUGAUGGACUGCAAUGCUUGUAUGUCUGAGGAACUAUGGGGAAUGUUUAAAACAUUUCCAUAUCAGCAUAGAUAUCGUCUGUAUGGCCAGUGGAAGAAUGAAACUUAUAACAGUCACCCACUUUUAGUAAAAGUUAAAGCCCAAACAAUAGACAGAGCCAAAUAUAUCAUGAAGCGUCUAACCAAGGAAAAUGUGAAGCCUUCUGGAAGACAAAUUGGGAAGUUGAGCCACAGCAAUCCAACCAUUUUGUUUGAUUAUAUCUUGUCGCAAAUACAGAAGUAUGAUAACUUAAUAACACCUGUAGUAGAUUCAUUGAAAUACCUCACUUCAUUGAAUUAUGAUGUUUUGGCCUAUUGUAUCAUUGAAGCUUUAGCUAAUCCGGAAAAGGAGAGAAUGAAGCAUGAUGACACAACCAUCUCAAGCUGGCUUCAGAGUCUGGCUAGUUUCUGUGGUGCAGUUUUUCGUAAAUAUCCAAUUGAUCUUGCUGGUCUUCUUCAAUAUGUGGCUAAUCAGCUAAAGGCAGGCAAAAGUUUUGACCUGCUUAUAUUGAAAGAAGUGGUACAAAAAAUGGCAGGAAUAGAAAUUACAGAGGAAAUGACAAUGGAGCAACUAGAGGCCAUGACUGGUGGAGAGCAACUAAAAGCUGAGGGUGGUUAUUUUGGCCAGAUUAGAAACACUAAAAAAUCCUCCCAGAGAUUAAAGGAUGCGCUGUUGGACCAUGAUCUUGCUCUUCCUCUCUGUUUGCUUAUGGCUCAGCAGAGGAAUGGGGUAAUCUUCCAAGAAGGUGGAGAGAAACAUUUGAAACUUGUGGGAAAACUCUAUGAUCAGUGUCAUGAUACCCUGGUACAGUUUGGUGGGUUUUUAGCAUCUAAUCUAAGCACAGAAGAUUAUAUAAAGCGAGUGCCUUCAAUUGAUGUGCUCUGUAACGAAUUUCAUACACCCCAUGAUGCAGCAUUUUUCCUGUCUAGGCCAAUGUAUGCACACCAUAUUUCGUCUAAAUAUGAUGAACUUAAAAAAUCAGAAAAGGGAAGUAAACAGCAACAUAAAGUUCACAAGUAUAUUACAUCAUGUGAAAUGGUGAUGGCUCCUGUCCAUGAAGCAGUGGUCUCCUUACACGUUUCCAAAGUCUGGGAUGACAUCAGCCCUCAGUUCUAUGCCACAUUCUGGUCAUUGACAAUGUAUGACCUUGCAGUUCCACACACCAGCUAUGAACGGGAAGUCAAUAAACUUAAAGUCCAGAUGAAAGCAAUUGAUGACAAUCAGGAAAUGCCUCCAAAUAAAAAGAAAAAAGAGAAAGAGCGUUGUACUGCCCUUCAGGACAAGCUUCUUGAAGAAGAAAAGAAACAGAUGGAACAUGUACAGCGAGUUCUACAGAGACUGAAACUGGAAAAGGACAACUGGCUUUUAGCAAAAUCUACCAAAAAUGAGACCAUCACAAAAUUUCUACAGCUGUGUAUAUUUCCUCGAUGUAUUUUUUCAGCAAUUGAUGCUGUUUACUGUGCUCGUUUUGUUGAAUUGGUACAUCAACAGAAAACUCCAAAUUUUUCCACACUUCUUUGCUAUGAUCGAGUUUUCUCUGAUAUAAUUUACACAGUUGCAAGCUGUACUGAAAAUGAAGCUAGUCGGUAUGGGAGAUUUCUUUGCUGCAUGUUAGAGACUGUGACCCGGUGGCACAGUGACAGAGCCACGUAUGAAAAGGAAUGUGGAAAUUAUCCAGGAUUCCUUACUAUAUUACGGGCCACUGGAUUUGAUGGUGGAAAUAAAGCUGACCAAUUAGACUAUGAAAAUUUUCGACAUGUUGUACAUAAAUGGCAUUACAAACUAACCAAGGCAUCCGUACAUUGCCUUGAAACAGGCGAAUAUACUCACAUCAGGAAUAUCUUGAUUGUGCUAACAAAAAUACUUCCUUGGUACCCAAAAGUUUUGAAUUUGGGUCAGGCUUUGGAAAGAAGAGUGCAUAAAAUCUGCCAAGAAGAAAAAGAGAAGAGGCCAGAUCUAUAUGCAUUGGCUAUGGGCUACUCUGGGCAGUUGAAAAGUAGAAAGUCAUACAUGAUACCUGAAAAUGAGUUUCAUCACAAAGACCCCCCUCCGAGGAAUGCAGUUGCCAGUGUACAAAAUGGGCCUGGUGGUGGGCCUUCUUCAUCGUCGAUAGGAAGCGCAUCUAAGUCGGAUGAAAGCAGUACUGAGGAGACUGAUAAAUCAAGGGAGAGAUCUCAGUGUGGUGUGAAAGCUGUUAAUAAAGCUUCUAGUGCCACACCGAAAGGGAAUUCAAGCAAUGGAAACAGUAGCUCUAACAGCAGCAAAGCUGUUAAAGAAAAUGACAAAGAAAAAGGGAAAGAAAAAGAAAAAGAGAAAAAAGAAAAGACUCCAGCUACUACUCCAGAGGCCAGGAUACUUGGUAAAGAUGGUAAAGAAAAACCGAAGGAAGAGCGGCCAAAUAAAGAUGAAAAAGCAAGAGAGACGAAGGAAAGAACACCCAAGUCAGACAAAGAGAAAGAAAAAUUCAAGAAGGAAGAAAAAGCUAAAGAUGAGAAAUUCAAAACCACUGUUGCCAACGUAGAAUCAAAAUCGACUCAAGAAAAGGAAAGAGAGAAGGAGCCAUCCAGAGAAAGAGAUAUAGCAAAGGAAAUGAAAUCAAAGGAAAAUGUUAAAGGAGGAGAAAAAACACCAGUUUCUGGGUCCUUGAAGUCACCUGUUCCCCGAUCAGAUGUUGCAGAACCUGAAAGGGAACAGAAACGCCGCAAAAUUGAUACCCACCCUUCUCCAUCACAUUCCUCAACAGUAAAGGUUACAGCCAUACUUCCCAAAGUUCCUCUGGGUUCUGAGAACUAUGCCAGCUCACCUGUCAUCUCCAUUCAUUUUCUACAGGACAGUCUCAUCGAACUCAAGGAGUCUUCAGCAAAGCUCUACAUUAAUCAUACUCCUCCACCACUGUCCAAGAGUAAGGAGAGAGAAAUGGACAAGAAAGACUUGGACAAGUCGAGGGAAAGAUCCAGAGAAAGAGAGAAAAAAGAUGAAAAGGACAGGAAAGAGCGGAAAAGGGAUCAUUCAAACAAUGACCGUGAAGUGCCGCCGGACUUAGCCAAGAGGCGAAAAGAGGAAAAUGGAACAAUGGGGGUUUCAAAACACAAAAGUGAAAGUCCGUGUGAGUCUCCUUAUCCAAAUGAGAAGGACAAGGAAAAAAAUAAGUCAAAAUCUUCAGGCAAAGAAAAAGGCGGCGAUUCUUUUAAAUCUGAAAAGAUGGAUAAAAUCUCCUCCGGUGGCAAAAAGGAGUCCAGGCAUGAUAAAGAAAAGAUAGAAAAGAAAGAGAAACGGGACAGUUCAGGAGGAAAGGAAGAGAAGAAACAUCAUAAGUCCUCGGACAAGCACAGAUAAUGAAGACUUUCAAUCAAGGGUAUGGACAGACCCCUAAGCUGAAGGUCUCCCAGAGGAGGAUGCCAAAGCUCCAUGCGUCACUCUCAGAACGAUAUCUCCCAUAAUUAAGAGCUUCUGGUGCUGUCCAUUUAAUGGGAAUCUGCUUUAAGUCAGAAGAUGAAUACACACCACCAUCCUCUUGACGAGACAUUCCAAAGUCACUGAUUUUCAGAACAUUAUUUUCACCUCCAGGCAGUUUCUUGCAGCAAGGUCCCUGUGUAUACAAUUUUUACUCGAGAUUCGCCAUCCAGAAGCAGCAUCUAAUGAAAAUUUCACUAACUGUUUUAGUUCAUCCUUCUUUCUCAGAAAGGAGAGGAAAUCGCCUCCUGGAACCAGUUCCUUAAUGAUACAGAUAGGCUGUAUUUGUGUGCGAACUCCUAUAAGUUUGACAAUAUCGGGAUGAUUAUAUUGCUUGAGGAUUUUGGCUUCUUGUAAAAAUUUUAAUUUCAGUUCCUGGGAAAGAUCAUCUUUACAUGUUUUAAUGGCAACAGCAGUUUUAUCCUUUAAUGUGCCCUUAAAUAUGUCAGCAAAAGUUCCCUUGCCCAGUAAUUCUCCUACUGUGACAUCAUCAUGAUUGAGACCCCCAUUUCUUUUUCUAGUUAUGGCCAUACUGAUACCAUGCUACUCUUUAUUGCAACACUUUUCUUUUUUUGCAAUUUAAAAAAUUGAGAUAAAAUUUACAUAACAUAUAAAAUUUGGCAUUUUAAAGUGGUUUUUAGUAUAUUCACUAUGUUGUAGCCAUCACCACUAAUUCCAGAACAUUUCCAUCAUCCCCAGAAGAGACCCCAUACCCGUUAGCAGUCACUCCCAAUUCUCCCCUUCCCCGCCCCUGGAAACAGCUAAUGUACUUUCUGUCUCUAUGGAUUUGCCUGUUUUGGACACUUCAUAAAAAUGGAAUCAUGCAAUAUGUGGCCUUUUGUGUCUGGCUUCUUUCACUUAGCAUCAUGUUUUCAAGGCUCAUCCAUGUUGUAGCAUGUAUCAGAACUUCAUUUCUUUUUAUAACUGAAUAAUGCUCCAUUGUAUGAAUGUGUACCACAUUUUGUUUAUCCAUUCAUCAGUGAUGGACAGGAACAGUGAUUUUUAAGUAUUAAAAUUGUAAGUUCAACAUUAGUGUAUCCACAAUUAUAAUUGGUAAUGUCAAGGUUAUACAUGGUGUGAACAGAAUGCUGUAUAGAAAUGAUGUGUAAAUUAUUUGUCAGCAUUUCAUGCAAAUGUGAUUACUUUCCAAGGCCCUUCUAGCUCUGGUUUUAUGAAAUAUGUGAAUGUAGUAUUUUCGUCAAUAAAGUUUAAUGCUUUAAGCAUUAGUUUAAAAUUUGAAUGAGAACAAUGUUAGGCAGAUAUGAAGUUAUUUGCCACAUGUUGUAAUGAUCAUGUUUUGAAUUUAUUUCAAUAUGCAGUAUUUGAAAAUGUCAGUACAUAAAGGAAAGGAAAUGAGUAUAGUUAAGUCAAUAUAUUUUUAAAGCAAUUUUUAUAAUUUAGCAGACAUUGCAUCUUAAUAUAAGUCACUAUUAAAAUCGUGUCCUUGUGAAAAA